AUGCCGAUGAAGGAUGAUAAGCUCCCGAAGGUAACCCAAGAUGCUAAGAGGCUACGAGCAAAGAGCAAGAACCGGACAGCAGCCUCGAGCGAUAACUCAGGGUCGGCUGGUUCUCCUCAGGUGAAUGUGGAGGGGGAGAGGACUCCAAAGAAGAUGCGCCAUGCCGAGACGGCUCAUGAAGAACCGUCAAGUUUGGGACCUGAUCGUGGAUUCUUGCUUCCUCCUUGCUUCAAGAACGGUGCUCGCCGGGGGGGCACGAUUUCUGCUGAUGUGCUGAAAAAAGCGGAGUUUGAUAAAAAGGUCGCCGAGGACGAGGUGGCCAAGUUGAGAGCUUUUUGGGAAAAAACGAAGAACAAUAUUGAGGACCUCUUGAAGCAAAAGGACGAAGAGAUGGAGGCGGAGAAGAAAAAGUUCGCUAAUCCCGAGCUGUCUUGGGCGCCUUCGGUGGAGGAGUCUUCAGAUGUGGCUGCACUGAAGUCCAGGGCCGAGUUUGUUGAGAAGAUUGACAACCUAAAGCUCGAUCUCGUCGAUAUAGCUGAAGCCGGGUUCGACCGUGCAGUUCAGCAACUGAGGCUAUUGAACCCGGGGUUGAAGACGGACAACAUUGGGCUCUCGACCAAGAUCGUGGCUGGACAGCUAGUGCCCGACUCUUCGGCCGAGGACGAAUGA